UUUUUACACAUGCCCGUCCAACGUAAUUAACUGCCAAUUAGUACUUAAGUUCUACCAAUUAAUGUGGAAAUAAUAUAUUAACAAUUAUUAGUCGUGCGUAUUAACACGAAUCUCUUGAGCCAUGCGUGUUUUUAUGUUACACUUGAACAUGGAAAAUCGAUGAAUUAUUAUUGACUCCCGAACUCCCUUUCAAUCCGCGCCACCGUGUAUGGCAAAAUCGCACUCGAGUCGACUCGACGUCGGACAGUGACGUGAAAUGUUACUGUGAAGAGAAAUGGCUCAUACGAGCCAACAUUACUGGGCGUAACAUUCAGACAAGUAACAAGAAAUCUGUCCGGGCGACAGAUCAAGCAACAUAGAAGCCGAAGGAAUCGCAACUCCGAGGAAAAUUAGUGCUGGUACCGUAUAUGCGACGUCGGAAUCCACCUUCUGGUAAAUCCUGUCUUUGUUUCCUGGAAAAGUCGGAUGUUCGGUCGGUUCUAAAACGCACAGUUCCGCAACAGUGCUUGUGUCGAUGUCCUGGUGAACGGUUGGCGUCAAUGAUCUACGGUGCCACAACUAGCGACACAGACAGAGGUUGGAAUGCAACAGAGGGCGCUCACCUUAGCCCCGCCAGGAGUUGACACAAGCGCAUUCUAUAGCUACAAGAAGCUGAAGUUGGAGCCGCAGGAAUACUGCUUCGCUCCCGUGAGCUCGACCAGCAGCGCGUGCAGUCGGUACGCCAGCGCCACCAUUCCGUCGAACGUCAUCUCGCACCGCCGCGCCGCCAUCGCCACAUCGAGGAAUGUACGCGUGCCGGAGAUGCCCCAGACCUACAUCCGUGCGUCAACGAUAAAACUGCUCGACACCUACCAGCGAUGCGGUCUGAAGCGUAAGAGCGAAGACCUCGACAGCGCCGCCGCCACGACGGUUCACGUCGCCGACUCGAACACGGUUUCGUCGUCCGAGGAGGACGCGGCGCCGCGCACGGCCGCCGCCGCCGCCACAACGACGAAGGCAUCGUCAAACAGUGAGGGAGACUACCAGCUCGUUCAGCAUGAGGUGCUGUACUCCCUCACGACCGCGUACGAGGUGCUCGAGUUCCUCGGCCGAGGCACGUUCGGCCAGGUCGUCAAGUGCUGGAAGAAGGGCACGAACGAGAUCGUCGCCAUCAAGAUCCUCAAGAACCACCCGUCGUACGCGCGCCAGGGCCAGAUCGAGGUGUCGAUCCUGUCGCAGCUGAGCCGCGAGAAUGCGGACGAGUACAACUUUGUGCGCGCGUACGAGUGCUUCCAGCACAAGAACCACACCUGCCUUGUGUUUGAGAUGCUAGAGCAGAAUCUCUACGACUUCCUGAAGCAGAACAAGUUUGCGCCGUUGCCGCUGAAGUUCAUCCGUCCGAUCAUGCAGCAGGUGCUCACCGCGCUGCUGCAGCUGAAGAAGCUGCGGCUGAUCCACGCCGACCUCAAGCCGGAGAACAUUAUGCUCGUCGACCCGCAGAGGGCGCCCUACCGCGUCAAGGUGAUCGACUUCGGCAGCGCGAGUCACGUCUCGAAGGCGGUCUGCUCGACGUACCUGCAGUCGCGAUACUAUCGCGCGCCGGAGAUCAUCCUGGGACUGCCGUUCUGUGAGGCGAUCGACAUGUGGUCACUCGGUUGCGUCGUCGCUGAACUCUUCCUUGGCUGGCCGCUCUACCCUGGAGCCUCCGAGUACGAUCAGACGCCUGAGGAGCAUGAGAUGGAGACGAACAUCAAGUCUAAGGAGGCACGCAAGUACAUCUUCAACUGCCUGGAUGACAUGGCACAGAUCAACGUGCCGUCGGACCUGGAUGGCAGUGAGUUGCUCGCGGAGAAGGCUGAUCGUCGGGAGUUUAUCGACCUGCUGAAGCGAAUGCUGACGCUCGACCAGGAGCGUCGCAUCACGCCCGGCGAAGCCCUCAACCACCCGUUCGUCACGCUCGCGCAUCUCGUCGACUACGCGCACUGCAGCAAGUCGAACAAGGAGGCUGCGUCGCAGCUAUCGCCCGUCAAGAAACGCGUCAAGGAGAACACGCCGCCGGACGUCGUGCGCCACGUCGCGCCAAACCACCACCGGGCGGCGCCACCGCCGGCGUCGCUCGCCGCCGCCACCGCCCGCCGACCGACGAUUAUCAUAGCGGACACGCCCAGCCCGGCCAUCAGUGUCAUCACCAUCAGUUCGGACUCGGACGACGAGCUGAUCCUGGCGCCCUCUGGGUGUUCGGAUAGGAACUGUCACCAGUGCGGACACCGCAAGAAGACACGGGGGCCGGCUGCUGGCAGCGCGAAGGUGAAGCCACACCUAGCAAGCAUCAGUCCACAAGACCUCAUUACACCAGAGGGAACCCCGCGCAAGGCGAUCUACGGCAAGGGCAUCAGCUGCGUGACGCUACCGGACUCACAGGAUUCCGACUCGGAACUCGAGAGCCCCGUCGCGCGUCUGCCGAAGUCGCGCGGUCGCCGGGAGACGACGCGCCACGGGGGCCUCGACCGCACCACCAUCAAGCGUGAGAAGCUGCAGACGAAGAUGGCCGAGCGAAUCCCUAAGAAGGAAAUCGUCGAGCCGGAGUUUGUGCCGCAGAUGGUUGAGCCGGACAGCACCAGGGGGCAGUCCCUGCUCGGCUCGCAGUCAUCAACGGGAAGCUUCAAUAACUCUUCCCGCCACCGGCGGCGCCACCAGCUAUCGCCCAUGCAGCAGCUCGGGCAGCCGCUCUAUCUGAGCACGACCAGCGACAUCUACAGGGACUACAGGCAGCCUCUCUACGUAUCGUCCGGCCCCUACGUGCACUCGACGGCGGCGGCUGCGGCGGCGGCAGCAGCGGUAGCGGCGACGCAGAAGCCGGUGGUGCCCCCUGUCGCGCACCUGCCCGGCACGCAGUACGCGGCCGCGAUGCCGCCGCCCGCGCACCACCAGGGGGCGCAGCGUCACGCGAUGCAAUACGCGGCGCACCCGCUGCCGGCGCACCUGCCGACGCAUCACAUGCUGGCGCCGGCUGCGGCUUACGUGGGCUCGCCGGGCAUGUACGGAUACACGCUGUCGCCGACGAAGGCGUGCCAGUACCCGAUGUACCCGUCGUUCCAGCCCGAGUGAGACACCCGAGACACGGAGACCGCGGGAGAACGCGUCUGCUUUUGGAAGAGGCGCCCGCCGGCGUCGCGGGGUUCGGCCGUUAGGGGGCGCCAGCUGACGUCGCGUCGAUCUGCUGCUGCCAGCUGGCGGCGCUGGCCUAGCGUGCUGCGCCUUUACUAAUCAUUGGCUUUUCACUAAUCGUCGUCGUUGUCAAAGCGUAGGAAAAUUUACGACGACUGGGAACGGUUUUUCGUUUGCGUGUUUUAGUUGGUUACUACUAGUACUUACUUGCGUGCGUGCGCGCGCGUGUGUUUUUGUGUGUUUUGUGUGUGUACAUAUAUAUAAA